CGAAGUUCUAGGCAGGUGACAGCGAUCGACCGCAUGGUAGCAGACUAUUUUGUUAAAAGUAGACGCUAAGACACGAGGCAGGAUACCGUGGACGUUGUAUUUAGCUUCGUGUUGUACCAUAGCGUGAUUAAGAAUAUGUUUAAAAAUUAUUGCAAGCCACAGUGAAUGACAAGAGAGAAAUUGGUGUUUUGGCGCAAACUUAACUGACGAGUAGUGAAGAAGGAGACAUCCGUGUACCACUAAAUUUCAUUCAAUGACUGGGGAAAAUAUACAUAUGUAAAAUAAACCAUUGAUGACCACCAGGUUUUAAUAAGGUUUCACGAGAAAAACGACCUAUUUGGUGUCGUAUAAAGAAGUGAAGGCGUACCUCCACAACGUAUUUUCUCGGGUUAAGCGUACAUUUACUGAAGCCCAAUGUCUGGGAGGAUAGUGCCCAUGUUGAUCCUGUUCCUGGGCUCGCUUGCUCUUAUAGCUAGCCAGUCGACAGUUUCAUCAGACAGUUCCACGUUGGAAGACAGUUCUACCACGACUUUCGCCACAUCAAGUGAACCAUCUGUUUCAUCAGAGAUUGUAACAUAUAUAGGGGAUUCAGAAUCUUCUGAAGAAAAUACAUCUACUGAUGAUUACACAUCAACUGAUGUGUCCACAUCUACUGAAGAUGCCACAUCUACUGACGAUUCCACAUCUUCUGAAGAUUCCUCAUAUACAUUAAGCAUCACAUCCACUGAAGAUACAAUGACAAACUACACAUCAGUUGACGCUUCCUCAUCUCAAGAGUUCACAUCUUCUGAAACUUCCGAAGUAACAGAAGAAUUAGCAUCUUCAGAAAUCCCUGAAACAACAGAUACCACGUCUACUGAGGAUACAACAUCUACUUAUGAUUCCACAUCUAUUGAAGACGCCUCAUCAAGUGAAGAAGUCACAUCUACUGACGAUUCCACAUCUACUGGUGAUUCUACAUCUAUUGAAGAUGCCUCCUCAAGUGAAGAAGUCACAUCUACUGACGAUACCACAUCUACUGGUGAUUCCACAUCUAUUGAAGUUACCUCAUCAAGUGAAGAAGUCACAUCUACUGACGAAUCCAUAUCUACUGAAGAUUCCUCAUAUACAUUGAGCAUCACAUCCACUGAAGAUACAAUGACAACCUACACAUCAGUUGAAGCUUCCUCAUCUCAGUAUUUCAUAUCUUCUGAAACUUCCGAAGUUACAGAGGAAUUAACAUCUUCAGACAUCUCUGAAACAAGAGAUACCACGUCUACUGAGGAUACAACAUCUACUGAUGAUACCACAUCUAUUGAAGAUGCCUCAUCAAGUGAAGAAGCCACAUCUACUGGUGAUUCCACAUCUACUGAUGAUUCCACAUCUACUUUUGAUGCCUCAUCAACUGAUGUUUCCACAUCUACUGACGCUUCCUCAUCUCAAGAGUUCACAUCUUCUGAAACUUCCGAAGUAACAGAAGAAUUAGCAUCUUCAGAAAUCCCUGAAACAACAGAUACCACGUCUACUGAGGAUACAACAUCUACUUAUGAUUCCACAUCUAUUGAAGACGCCUCAUCAAGUGAAGAAGUCACAUCUACUGACGAUUCCACAUCUACUGGUGAUUCUACAUCUUUUGAAGAUGCCUCCUCAAGUGAAGAAGUCACAUCUACUGGUGAUUCCACAUCUACUUUUGAUGCCUCAUCAACUGAUGUUUCCACAUCUACUGACGAUUCCACAUCUACUGGUGAUUCUACAUCUAUUGAAGAUGCCUCAUCAAGUGAAGAAGCCACAUCUACUGGUGAUUCCACAUCUACUGAUGAUUCCACAUCUAUUGAAGUUACCUCAUCAAGUGAAGAAGUCACAUCUACUGACGAAUCCAUAUCUACUGAAGAUUCCUCAUAUACAUUGAGCAUCACAUCCACUGAAGAUACAAUGACAAACUACACAUCAGUUGAAGCUUCCUCAUCUCAGUAUUUCAUAUCUUCUGAAACUUCCGAAGUUACAGAGGAAUUAACAUCUUCAGACAUCUCUGAAACAAGAGAUACCACGUCUACUGAGGAUACAACAUCUACUGAUGAUACCACAUCUAUUGAAGAUGCCUCAUCAAGUGAAGAAGUCACAUCUACUGGUGAUUCCACAUCUACUUUUGAUGCCUCAUCAACUGAUGUUUCCACAUCUACUGAUGAUUCCACCCCUUCUGAUGAUUCCACUUCUAUUGAAGAUGCCUCAUCAAGUGAAGAAGCCACAUCUACUGACGAUUCCACAUCUCCUGAAGAUUCCUCAUAUACAUUAAGCAUUACAUCCACUGAAGAUACAAUGACAAACUACACAUCAGUUGAAGCUUCCUCAUCUCAAGAUUUCAUAUCUUCUGAAACUUCCGAAGUUAACGAGGAAUUAACAUCGUCAGAAAUCUCUGAAACAAGAGAUACCACGUCUACUGAGGAUACCACAUCUAUUGAAGAUGCCUCAUCAAGUGAAGAAGCAACAUCUACUGGUGAUUCCACAUCUACCUUUGAUGCCUCAUCAACUGAUGAUUCCACAUCUACUGAUGAUUCCACAUCUACUGAUGAUUCCACCCCUUCUGAUGAUUCCACUUCUAUUGAAGAUGCCUCAUCAAGUGAAGAAGCCACAUAUACUGACGAUUCCACAUCUACUGACGAUUCCUCAUCUGCAUUAAGCAUCACAUCCACUGAAGGUACACUGACAAACUACACAUCAAUUGUGGCUUCCUCAUCUCAGUAUUUCAUAUCUUCUGAGGAGGAAUUAACAUCUUCAGAGAUCUCUGAAACACCAAGUACCACGUCUACUGAUGAUUCCACAUCAUCUGAAGAUGCGUCAUUUACUGAAGAUGCCUCAUCAACUGAUUACUCCUCAUUUACUGAUGAUUCAACAUCUACUGAUGAUACCACAUCUUCUGAAUAUGCCACAUCUACUGAUGAUGAUUCUGACGAUGAUUCCGAAUCUACUGAUGAUUAUGAAUCUACUGAUGAUUCCACAUCCUCUGAGGAUGCCACAUCUACUGAUGAUUCCACAUUUACCGUUGAUUACACAUAUACUUCUGAUUUUACCUCCAGUGAUGGCACGCUAUCUACCUAUGUCACAACUAGUGACGGAAUUGCACCCUCAUCCACUGAUAGUGUUUCAAGUAUUGGUUCUGAUACAGAGAUUUUCACAACAAUGUUAUCAACAGUCACAUCCACUGAAAGCAUCUCAGCCACUGAAGACACCACAACCACUGAAGGAACAACAACCACUGAAGGUACCACAACCACUGAAGGCACCACAACCACUGAAGGUACCACAACCACAGAACGUAUUACAUCCACUGAAGGUAUCACAACCACUGGAGGUAUCACAACCACUGAAGGUAUUACAUCCACUGAAGGUAUCAUAACCACUGAAAGCACCACAACCACUGAAGGCACCACAACCACUGAAGGUACCACAACCACUGAAGGCAUUACAUCCACUGAAGGUAUCACAACGACUGGAAGUAUCACAACCACUGAAGGCACCACAACCGCUGAAGGCAUUACAUCCACUGAAGGUAUCACAACGACUGAAGGUACCACAACCACUGAACGUAUUACAUCCACUGAAGGUAUCACAACGACUGGAGGAAUCACAACCACUGAAGGCACCACAACCGCUGAGAGAAUUACAACCACUGAAGACACCACAACCACUGAAGGUACCACAACCACUGAAGGUAUUACAUCCACUGAAGGUAUCACAACCACUGAACGUGUCACAACCACUGAAGGCACCACAACCACUGAAGGUACCACAACCACUGAACGUAUUACAUCCACUGAAGGUAUCACAACCACUGAAGGCACCACAACCACUGAAGGCACCACAACCACUGAAGGUAUCACCACCACUGAAGGCACCACAACCACUGAAGGCACCACAACCACUGAAGGUAUCACCACCACUGAAGGUAUUACAUCCACUGAAGGCACCACAACCACUGAGAGAGUUACAAUCGCUGAAAUCUUCACAACUACUGCAGAUACCACAACCUCUGAAGUUAUUACAACCACUGCACAAAUUACAUCAACAGAGGGAAUUACAACCAUUGGAGUUAUUACAACCACUUAUGACCCGUGCGAAUCUAGUCCUUGUCAAAACAAUGCAACCUGUUCUAGUGAUGAUAACAACGAGGACUUCAUUUGUCGCUGCCCUUCAGGCUUCCACGGGCAAGUAUGUGAAACCAACACAGAUGAUUGUCUGGUACCAGAUGGACACAUUGGACGAUGUUCAUCAAAUGGAAUCUGCAAAGAUUUAGUCAAUAAUUGGCGCUGCGAAUGUUUUAAUGGAUGGGCCGGAAGAAGCUGUCAAGUCAACAUUUGGUGUUCUGGACAUUUACGCGACCCGUGCAGACCCCAUGGAUACUGUAGCCAAACCACGGAUUCGUACACUUGCAGCUGUUUUAACGGUUAUACGGGAUAUAAUUGCACAACUAAUAUAGACGAUUGUCUUGGUCACGAAUGCGAGAACGGUGCCACUUGUGUGGACGGAAUUGGCUCUUACACCUGUCAGUGCGUCACAGGCUACACAGGUGCCACGUGCCAGACGUUGAUUGACAACUGUGCCUCCAACCCCUGCAGUGAACACGGCACGUGUGAGAAUGGUAUCGGGACAUACACAUGUAACUGUGCAGAGGGGUUCACGGGGAACACAUGUGAAACACUGAUAGUGCCACCAGCAGGAGAGAUGUGUUCUUUUGGUGGCGAUAGAGACCAAAGCCUCUUUACCAACAGGGACGAUGCAGCCAGGCUGAUCAGAUUAUCCAGUUCAUUCCGAUUCUUCAACAGGAAGCAUUAUUAUAUAUAUAUUGGUACCAAUGGCUUGAUAAGUUUCGGAUAUCCGUACAAUUCGUUCAUACCACGUCCACUGUGUACCGUGCGUGUACCAAUCAUGGCACCGUUGUGGUACGAUCAGGAUCUUAGGGGCUACUGGUCCCCCUACUAUUACUACACCAAUAAACCGGCGAUAUGGUAUAAGGUAUAUUGUAAGACUGGAGAUCUUGAUGACACCGGGAGAUAUACCAUUGCUCUCGCCGAUCAUUUUAUUAAUACAUAUGGAGGGUUGAAAACGGAUUUUACGACAGACUGUGCUAUUUCUAUUACCUGGAACAACACACGCCCGUAUUACUACCGGUACAAUCGUAAUGAGAGAAGCAGCUAUCAGGUGAUCUUAGCAACGGACAGACAGCGUUCCUUUGGCAUAGUUAAUUACUGUGACUUUAACCUGGGGGUAUCCCGCAGGUCUUACAUAGGAUAUACCACUGGAGCUGGGUGCUGGAGGGGAAACUUUUUCCAACACUCGGCAUCGGGAAGAAGACUGUCUUCGAGAUUCAAUACACAGAAAGGAAAUACUGGUAUUGUUGGGCGCUGGGUAUACAGACUGGACAAUCUGGACGACGACACGGUCAACUACGACGCCAAGUGUCUACGGUGGGUUGCAGAACAACGGAGGUCAUUUUCGUGGGUUUAUAUACGGCGGGUGAACUUCUUCGCGCGUCCUUGUCCCUGUAGUUUGUGGCAGGCGUGGAUUGACAGAAACUGGUUUGUGAACUGGAAUUCUAGGUGUGCCUACCCCAGAGCUGGCAGCUGGCUUUUCGGGUCAGGAAGGGAAUGCUGCUACGAUUUCACCUGGGGUUCUCUCAUCAGGACAGGUCCACGUGCCAACACGUUGAUUAUGUACUACUCGGACCGAAACAGGUACUGGUCAUUCUUUUAUCGUGGCAGAACAAGGAAUCAAUGGGACACGAAGCCAAAGCGAUGGUGCUGCGACCUAUCGGAUGAGUAUGAAACUAUGUGUGGCCUGUAUAAAUUUUACAGACCAGUGGAUACGUGCUUCCGCUACAGGCCACCUUGGUGGGGCUGGUCAUCAGGAGACCCGCAUUUCUCCACAAUUGACGGGCAUGCUUACUCUUUCAAUGGCCAUGGCGAGUACUGGAUGGUGAAAUACUUGGAGAAUAACCAGACUACCAACUUCCUGUUCCAAGGACGCACAGCGAGGGCAAUAGACAAAGAUGGCCUCCCUGUGAAUGCGACGGUGUUUUCUGCCUUUGCCGCACGCGAUGAAAGGAAUUCGGACGGUUUGCAUGUGGAACUUAAAAAUAAUAACACAGAACUAGCGUUGUGGAUAUAUAGGAACCAAACUCAAGAAUGGGAGGACGGCUCUUCUUUCCUCAGCGGGGGGUCUCUGGAAGGUGGCGACCUCACCAAUAUGGAGUUAUCAUAUAACACCACGAGCCUCACGGUGACAGGUGUUUUCCCUGUGUCAGGCUGGACAGUGGAUAUAUCGUUAAGAACCGGCGGUUUGUUGAAUUUCGUGGUCUCAGCACCAGGCGAGGCAGAGAAUCUUACACGAGGGCUUUUGGGAGUGUACAACAAUGAUGUCAACGAUGAUUUGACAACUCCUAACGGUACCCAACUCAGCCUGAAUAGCACUCAGAGGACGGUCUUCUACUAUUUUGGGCAGUUGUGGCAAAUCAUGCAGAAUGAAUCCAUCUUCUACUAUGCGCCAGGGCUGAUAAAUGAUAACUACACGGAUAAUGACUUCGAACCUCUGUUCUUCGAAGACAUAACCUGGGACAACGCCACAGAGCGAGAUGAAGUUUACAAUGUCAAAUGUAACAACAACAAAGAAUGUGUUUAUGAUUAUGUGUUAACACGAAAUGACGCCUUGGCGGCCGAUACAAGAUCUGCUGAGGAAAGUAACAGCGCGGCAUCAGCUGAACAACAAAACCAAGCGCCCUCGCUCAGUGCCAAUGCUACCACCACUGUUCUGAAUGUGACGGCCGGCGACCCAUUUGCCCUGUUCCUCUCCACUACGGAUCCAGAUGGCGACACCGUGUCAGUUGUAUCUUCAACUGACCUUCCAUCCGGGGCUUCCUUCGAUAACAACACAAACAUUAUCUACUGGAUACCCCCAGAUAGUCUGAACAUUGCCUCCUUAGGCUUUACAGCAGAUGAUGGACGUGGAGGUGCUAGUGAAUUGAGCUUUGAAAUCCGGUACUGUACCGGAUGCUCGGGCCACGGAGAGUGCUUGUUUGACACCGGAACUGUGGUAAACGGAUCCCAGUUUCGAAUAGUGGCCUGCAACUGUUCUAUCGGAUGGUCAGGUGACAAUUGUGAGAACGACACGGACGGAUGUCUCCAAACUCCUUGUCCCCAAGGCACCAACUGCUCUGACGUCAGUGCCGACCUUGAGGCCGAGGGCUAUGCUGCUUUCAACUGUACAGAGUGUCCCAGUGGAUACGAGUUAGAUACCGUGGAAAACAAGUGUGUGGACAUUGACGAGUGUGCUAAUAACACGACAAAUCAGUGUGAACAGACAUGUAUAAAUGAGCUAACGACGUACUCCUGUGAAUGUAUUGAGGGUUAUACGAAGAAUGGGACAUUUGCAUGUGCUGAUAUAGACGAGUGCGCAUUGCAGUCUGAUAACUGUUCACAAGUGUGUGUGAAUAUAGACGGUAGCUACACAUGUGACUGUAUUCAGGGGUACGAACUGCGAUCAGACAACGUCACGUGCUUUGAUGCCAACAAUACCUGUGAAAGGUACAAUUUAAACUGCUCUCAGAUAUGUUCAAGAGACAUUGGUGGCGGACAACCUGGUUGUGCCUGCCCGCAGGGCUACUCUCUGUCCCCGUUAGAUAAUAGCACUUGCGAAGAUAUUGAUGAGUGUAGAAACCGUCUAGACAAUGAGUGUAGUCACACGUGCAACAAUACAGACGGAGCAUACACGUGUUCCUGUCCUAUUGGAUACACUGUUGGGUUUGACAAGAGGACAUGUGAAGUUUGUCCUGAAGGAAGAUACGGUGACAAGUGCUCGUUCACAUGUGACUGUAGUACCCACGCCCUCGUGUGUGACAAUAUACUGGGCUGCACCAACUGUACAGAUGGCUGGGAGGGAGACCAAUGUAACACGGACAUAGACGAGUGUGCCACUGGUGCUGCCAACUGUGGGAGUGGCGCCAAUUGUACCAAUACCAACGGCAGCUACACGUGUCUCUGUAACGUUGGCUAUGCCAAACUGGCCGGCAAUUAUCCUGACUCACCAGGGAUUUGUGGCGAUUUUGAUGAGUGUAACGAUUCUGAUGAACCCCCCUGCCAUGCUAACGCUGCCUGUAAUAACACCGUAGGAAGUUACGGGUGUUCUUGCAACACCGGUUACAGUGGUAACGGCACAUACUGUGAGGAUGAAGACGAAUGUGUAACUAGACUUGUAUGUCAACAGACAGGAGAAGCAUGCAUGAACACGGUGGGCAGCUUUUACUGUGCAUGUCUGUCUGGUUUCAACAGAAUAUCCGGGGUUUGCCAGGAUAUAGAUGAAUGUGCUGCUGCUGACCUUAAUAAUUGUCAUACUUUAGCCGGAUGUGACAAUGCACCAGGUAACUACAGCUGCACCUGUCUGCCCGGCUACAGUGGAGAUGGCUUGUUCUGCACAGACAUCAACGAGUGUGCCAACCUCACCAUUUGUGGGGAAGGGGACGACGUGACGUGCAACAAUACCCAGGGGAGUUACGAAUGCGGCUGCGCGGAGGGGUAUUUCAACAACGCUUCAAGAUGUCAAGACGUAGAUGAAUGCAACAUUGCAGGGAGCUGCCACGAAAACGCAACGUGCACUAAUUUCCCUGGCCGAUUUACCUGUGUCUGUCAAAACGGAUUCUCUGGCAAUGGCUCUUUUUGUUAUGACAUUGACGAAUGCGAAAGCAGUCCAUGUAACAACAAUGCCACGUGCACAAACACCCCUGGCACGUACGCAUGUGAGUGUCCAGACGGAUUCUAUGGACGUCGGUGUACCUUUGUAACAAUAUCAAAUACCACGGAAUCCAUCACGACAACUGAGAGUAUCACAACCACUGAGGGUACCACAGCUGUUGAAAAUAUCACAACCACUGAGGGUACCACAGCUGUUGAAAAUAUAACAACCACUGAAGGUACCACACCUGCUGAAAAUAUCACAACCACUGAAGGUAUCACUGCUGCUGAAAAUAUCACAACCACUGAAGGUACCACAGCUGCUGAAAUCACGACCACUGAAGGUACCACAGCUGCUGAAAAUAUCACAACCACUGAAGGUACCACAACCACUGAGGGCACCACAACUGCUGAAGGUACCACAGCCACUGAAAGUACUACUACUGUUGAAGGUUCUACAACCUCGGAAGGCACCACAACUGCUGAAGGUACAACUGUUGAAAAUAUCACAACCACUGAAGGUACCACAACUACUGAAGCUACAUCUUCAGCGGCAACCACGACCACAGAGGCCACUACCACAGCUGUUGAUGUCUGUGCCUCUGGGCCUUGCCGUAAUGGAGGAACAUGUACCUCAGCACCGCCAAUUUUCACUUGUCAGUGUCCGGACGGCUUCACUGGCGCCACUUGUACCGUGGUUGAUACCACAUCCCAAAUGUACCUUUACGGAACUGCAAGAGGGGAUCAAACACUCAGUGGUGACGAUGCGUCUUCGAACCGUAUAACUGUGCCUAAUGGUAUCACAAUUGGACGGAAAGCUUAUAGAUUCGUAUAUAUCAGUACCAACGGCCUCAUUGCCUUUGACAGUGCGGAGAACACCUUUACUCCAACAGCCUUAUCACUGGUCAAAACUAAACCACUAGUGGCUGCAUAUUGGGCUGACCUUGACCCUGUAGGUGGGUCGUCGGUAGUGUAUUACAACACAUACGAGUACGGAGCGGAUUAUAGCACCAAUGUAAACACCAAGUACGUCAUAGACCGGGCAACACUGGACGUCCGGAAUUACGUAAACACGGACUCAUUUACAGCGAAGUGGGUUUUGGUUGCCACGUGGGACCAGUGCCCGCCACAACCAAACAGUCGUUACGCUGGUGUCCAGAACGUGACAUUCCAAGCAGUUCUGAUCACAGACUGUGUCCAGUCAUAUGCAUAUAUCGCGUAUAAAACCGGCGGAAUACACAUUACCCCAACGUCCAAAUAUACGCGGGCAAGACUUGGUUACACUGACGGUGCUAGUCAUUUCUACGAGCCGUAUAUCUCAGGAACUGACGCCAUGGCAACGGUAGAUAAUGUCGUUGGAAACAGAGGUAUAAGAGGGGAAUGGUGGUUCCAGCUGAACUCGGUGCCGGCGUCCUUCCCGAAUUACGGCUGUCAGUGUAACGAAUGGGCUCUCCGUCAACAGGAAAUCCCAAUGAGCACAAUAUCCUUCAUCAAUGCCAACGUUCAACCAUGCCCCUGUUCUUUGAUUGGCGCGUUGUUUGACCGCAGAUUCCGGUUCGCUUGGAGAAGGGAUCCAGCCUAUAGGAACACGUGGUGUUAUGUAACCCGGUGGUCGUCGCGGAUCAAUGGAUACCGUGCAGGACGGGAAUGCUGUUAUAACCUCUGGUCAUGGUCGCUGAUCACGGCUGAUAAUACCGUCACAGCAGGGUCCUUGCAACUGUAUCACGAGCGCUCCUCGCGGUCCAGGUACCUCUCUAAUGAGUAUGUACCAAAACAGCAGUGCUGUGGGCUUUCUGACAACUGCCAAACAUACUUCCGGUAUCGCCCCAUAGACACCUGCUUCGGAUACAGACCAUUGAUUUGGGCUUGGUUCAACGGGGACCCCCAUUUCACCACAUUGGAUGGGUUUAAAUAUACGUUCAAUGGUCACGGAGAAUACCAGCUGGUAGACAUCAAGAAUGGUGCUUUCAUUAUGCAGACCCGUUUGGAACCGAUUUCGUUGAACGGCACUGGAGUUAAUGCUACUGUGUUCAGUGCCUUUGCCGCCAAGGACAACACUUCUGACCGCUUACAUGUACAGUUGACACAAGACAAACAAGAUAUGGCAGUCUAUGUUGGAAGUGACCUUAUCUCGCCUGUUCUGCUGCAGUCAGGAAGCGCAAGCUAUACCAAUUUAGAAGUGGAGUAUAACGAUACGUCUAAAACACUGAUUGCCACGUUUGGUUCCGGAGUAACCUUGAAUGUCACUAAAGGAAGAGAGCUUCUCUUGUUUGCCGUGGUGAUCCCCCCAGAAAACAUGAACCAGGUCCGUGGACUAAUGGGGAACUUUGAUGGAAAUAGUACAAAUGAUCUCAUGCUUGAAAAUGGUACCGUGCUCCCAAGCGAUGCCAACGAUAGAGAAAUAUUCUACAGCUUUGGGGAAUCUUGGCGAAUCACUGAUGGGGAAUCUAUAUUCUACUACGGGUCCGGGUAUUCAACAGCCAAUUUUACAAACACUGUGUUCAUGCCAACAUUCACGGAAGAUCUGAACAGCACAUAUCCUGGCAAGUAUCGCAAUGCAGUUAGUAUAUGUGGCGGUGAUAAGCAGUGCAUAUAUGACUUCGUGGUCACGGGAGACGAGGCGCUGGCCGAGGGCACCAAGAUGUUCAACACUGAGAGCGAGUCAAGUAGUUCUGAAGCAGAAAACCAGAGCCCGAGAUUCACGUCCAAUGUGUCGACGCCUCUACAGCUAACACUCAACCAGGCGAGAAAUUACACCGUCAGUUUCACGGAUCCUGAUAGCGGUGACACUGUGACGCCAAGUAUAGCUAAUAACAUCACUGGCGUAAAAAUUGCGGCACCCAGUGAGUCAUCUGUGACAAUUAGUAUCAAUCUGGCGAGCGUCAGCGUAACACAAUCAAUCGGGGUAACCCUGACAGACACGAGGGGAGGAUCCACCACGGUCACUUGGACGGCUAACCUCUGUUCUGGUUGCAGCGGUAAUGGCACGUGUUUGUUUGACCAGCUGCGACCAGGUCAACUCAUCGACUCCAGUGUUCGGCUGGUGGAGUGCUCAUGUGACACGGGCUACACAGGAAACGACUGUGAACGAGAAGUAGAUGGCUGUGCUGCGCAACCUUGUCCCGCCAUAGCAACCUGUACUGACCUCGCACCUGCGGAGGAAGUGGCACUGAACAGAAGCUUCAAUUGCACGUGUCCACCCAACUAUGAAACUGUGGGGGCGAAAUGCAAAGAUAUCGACGAAUGCCUGAAUGAGAGCAACAAUGCCUGCAAUGCGUCCAUCUCCAGAUGUGUGAACACAGAAGGCUCGUAUACUUGUGAAUGUGACACUGGGUACAAAAACACAGACCCAAGGACCUGUGUCGAUUUUGACGAGUGUGCCGCUAGAACAGAUGGCUGUGAGCAGCUCUGUACCAAUACCAUUGGGAACUUCUCUUGCUCUUGUCGCAAUGACUAUACUGCAAAUGGGAAAUCUUGCACAUUGACAGAUGCCGCGGUGUGUGCCAGCAGCCCGUGUGUGUCUCCAGCCUCCUGUUACAACAAAAAUGGCGCCGCAACUUGCUUCUGUCCCCCUGGUUACACUCUGGUAGAUGACGGCAUCACGUGUGACGAUAUCGACGAAUGCGUCACUGACAACCAGUGUAAUCCCAACACAACCUGUCAGAACACUCAGGGAGGGUACUCCUGCGCAUGCCCAGUCGGGUUUUCACUUGCCUCUGACUUGAGAACGUGCACAGCGUGUGACAGCACCCACUGGGGCCCGAACUGCGCCAACCUCUGCGACUGUGGCGUCCGUUCCCGGCGCUGUGACAGCGUGGUGGGUUGUACCGACUGUGUCCCCGGUUACGAAGGACUCAGCUGCAAUACGGACAUCGACGAGUGCGCGCUGAAUGCCACGAUAUGCGGUAGUAACUCGAGGUGCAAUAACACAGUCGGGUCAUAUGACUGCUCCUGUCUCCCUGGAUAUAUCAUGGAUACAAACCAGCAGUGCAUUGAUAUCAACGAGUGUAAUGAUGGCACAGACAACUGUGAGCAGCUCUGUGUUAACACCCUGGGCAGCUUUUCCUGCCGCUGUAAUGACGGAUACACUCUGUCCAACUCAACACAUUGUACCGACGUAGACGAGUGUUCGCUGCAGACGGACAACUGUGACCACGUAUGUUCCAACACUGUGGGGAGCUUCAGAUGUUCUUGCUUCAACUCGGAUUAUCAAUUGGCUCUCAAUGGAUACACAUGUAACAAAGGGCGAAUCACUGAUGGGGAAUCUAUAUUCUACUACGGGUCCGGGUAUUCAACAGCCAACUUUACAAACACUGUGUUCAUGCCAACAUUCACGGAAGAUCUGAACAGCACAUAUCCUGGCAAUUAUCGCAAUGCAGUUAGUAUAUGUGGCGGUGAUAAGCAGUGCAUAUAUGACUUCGUGGUCACGGGAGACGAGGCGCUGGCCGAGGGCACCAAGAUGUUCAACACUGAGAGCGAGUCAAGUAGUUCUGAAGCAGAAAACCAGAGCCCGAGAUUCACGUCCAAUGUGUCGACGCCUCUACAGCUAACACUCAACCAGGCGAGAAAUUACACCGUCAGUUUCACGGAUCCUGAUAGCGGUGACACUGUGACGCCGAGUAUAACUAAUAACAUCACUGGCGUAAAAAUUGCGGCACCCAGUGAGUCAUCUGUGACAAUUAGUAUCAAUCUGGCGAGCGUCAGCGUAACACAAUCAAUCGGGGUAACCCUGACAGACACGAGGGGAGGAUCCACCACGGUCACUUGGACGGCUAACCUCUGUUCUGGUUGCAGCGGUAAUGGCACGUGUUUGUUUGACCAGCUGCGACCAGGUCAACUCAUCGACUCCAGUGUUCGGCUGGUGGAGUGCUCAUGUGACACGGGCUACACAGGAAACGACUGUGAACGAGAAGUAGAUGGCUGUGCUGCGCAACCUUGUCCCGCCAUAGCAACUUGUACUGACCUCGCACCUGCGGAGGAAGUGGCACUGAACAGAAGCUUCAAUUGCACGUGUCCACCCAACUAUGAAACUGUGGGGGCGAAAUGCAAAGAUAUCGACGAAUGCCUGAAUGAGAGCAACAAUGCCUGCAAUGCGUCCAUCUCCAGAUGUGUGAACACAGAAGGCUCGUAUACUUGUGAAUGUGACACUGGGUACAAAAACACAGACCCGAGGACCUGUGUCGAUUUUGACGAGUGUGCCGCUAGAACAGAUGGCUGUGAGCAGCUCUGUACCAAUACCAUUGGGAACUUCUCUUGCUCUUGUCGCAAUGGCUAUACUGCAAAUGGGAAAUCUUGCACAUUGACAGAUGCCGCGGUGUGUGCCAGCAGCCCGUGUGUGUCUCCAGCCUCCUGUUACAACAAAAAUGGCGCCGCAACUUGCUUCUGUCCCCCUGGUUACACUCUGGUAGAUGACGGCAUCACGUGUGACGAUAUCGACGAAUGCGUCACUGACAACCAGUGUAAUCCCAACACAACCUGUCAGAACACUCAGGGAGGGUACUCCUGCGCAUGCCCAGUCGGGUUUUCACUUGCCUCUGACUUGAGAACGUGCACAGCGUGUGACAGCACCCACUGGGGCCCGAACUGCGCCAACCUCUGCGACUGUGGCGUCCGUUCCCGGCGCUGUGACAGCGUAGUGGGUUGUACCGACUGUGUCCCCGGUUACGAAGGACUUGGCUGCAAUACGGACAUCGACGAGUGCGUGCUGAAUGCCACGAUAUGCGGUAGUAACUCGAGGUGCAAUAACACAGUCGGGUCAUAUGACUGCUCCUGUCUCCCUGGAUAUAUCAUGGAUACAAACCAACAGUGCAUUGAUAUCAACGAGUGUAAUGAUGGCACAGACAACUGUGAGCAGCUCUGUGUUAACACCCUGGGCAGCUUUUCCUGCCGCUGUAAUGACGGAUACACUCUGUCCAACUCAACACAUUGUACCGACGUAGACGAGUGUUCGCUGCAGACGGACAACUGUGACCACGUAUGUUCCAACACUGUGGGGAGCUUCAGAUGUUCUUGCUUCAACUCGGAUUAUCAAUUGGCUCUCAAUGGAUACACAUGUAACAAAGUGUCGAAUGCUUCCCUCCAAGUUUGUAUUGAUGCCGGGCUGAACUGUAACCAGAGUUUGUGUAAUGCUACAGCGAGUCCACCCGUGUGUUUCUGCCGCAGUGGCUACAAGCUGCAAGGCAAUGAGACCUGCAUAGAUAUCGACGAAUGUACAAAGGGUACCGAUUCCUGUAACAGUAACACCAGCACAUGUAACAACAACGACGGUAGCUACACGUGUAGUUGUAAAAGCGGGUUCUUGCUGGAACAGAGUGACCAGAGAACUUGUAACGAUAUAAACGAAUGUGACGCAACCAACAAUUGUGCCUCCAACGCCCAGUGCACAAAUACAUUUGGUAACUACACGUGCGCAUGCAACCAAGGCUACAGCGGUGACGGCCAAACGUGCACCAAUGUCGACGAAUGCUUGACGACGCCUUGCCAUACAAACGCCACGUGUAGGGACACCAUUGGUUCAUACACGUGCGCAUGCGAUCCUGGAUUCUCUGGCAACGGCCAGACGUGCUCGGACAUUGAUGAGUGCAGGACGAUCAACAAUUGCAGCUCAAACGCCGAUUGUGCUAACACUGUGGGGAGUUACACGUGUGCUUGCAAAGACGGCUAUGUGGGAGAUGGAAUUAACUGUCUGCAACUGCAAACUGUUAAAGUGACAAUGACUUUUAAUAGAACCUUUGACCCAGACGGCUAUAAAACGGGUGCAACAAACUAUAAUGUAUUACUGCGAACGCUUAGGGCAUUCUUCUCAGAUUACCCAGGCUUCAUUGAACUGGUUAUAACGAGGAUAAGAAAUGGCAGCUUAGUGGUUGAUUUCACCGUCCAACUGAACACUACCGCCCCAGAGAACGAGACUACUCGGAGUAUCUCUGUGUACAUCCUAGAGAAAGUUCAGCAGAUUAAUCAAGUAUUACCUGACCCAGAUCUUAGCGCUUCGUUCACCCUGAUAACCACACCUGCGCUGGUGAUUGGAGGCGUCACAGAUAUAAACGAGUGUUUAGUGAAUAAUGGCAAUUGUCAUGAGAAUGCCACAUGCAUCAACAGUGUGAGAAGUUUCCGGUGCGUGUGUAAAGCUGGUUAUUACGGAAGUGGCACCAGAUGUGACAGAGAGACGCAAUAUACCGUUAAUAUAACACUGAGCGUUAAGGAUCCAUCAAAAUACUUGAGUCGCUCUUCGGCAGAGUUUAAUAUCCUGGACAGCGCCUUAAAAGCAUUUUACAAUUCCCUAGCUGGUUUCAUAGAUCUGAAUAUAACAAGCGUAAUCCAUGGCAGCUUGUUUGUUGAACACCAGAUUAAAGUGAACACCACUGGCCAAGACCUCAACGAAAACAAAAGGAUUGUGCAAGAGUAUAUUCUGCAAAAACUGAAGAGUGAUAGUUAUACCCUUUCUUCCGGAGAAACCGAGUUCUCAGUUAUCGGAACACCAACAUUUGCUGGCGAAAUCCUGAAACCUUGUGAAGUAUAUGGCUGUCAAAACAACGGCCAGUGUAACCCGGACGAUACUCGCGGUCGCUGGUACUGCAAGUGCGAGACGGGAUUCAGUGGCGACCUCUGUGAGACCAAGGUGGGACUGACCCAGGACGAGAUCGCCAUUGUAGCAGCCAGCACCGUGGGCGGAGUGGCGCUGAUUGUGGCCAUCUGCAUCCUCAUCGCUGUCAUCAUUUUUAAGAGAAGGAAGGCAAAAGAGAAGAGGCUGCACCGUUCGGAGAGGUACCGCAGGUAUUUAGCAGAUUCCUAUGGUCCAGCCACUGGCGUCUUUCACCCCAAGUACACCCCUUACUGGCGCUAUUUGGGCAAAGGAGGAGUGCACAGUACCACCACCGUCAGCAGUAGCCGCGGCUCAAGCUCGGGCUCCAGUGACGAUCACCUCCACAGGGAUCGGUUCGGGGUCCUCCCUGCUUACGAAAACAGGGAUCACUGGGUCGGAAAAGACGAGUCAGAGUCUGAUCUUUUUGGCUGGGAUACGUUGCUCACGGGGACUCUCCACCCGCAGCGGGAGUUUAAAAUAGAGAGACCAAAGAUCGGGAAUGCACCAGAAAAUAAAAGGGGGAGAGAGCUACAACUUCGUCUCCACCCUGAGAGCUACACGUGAACACAGCCACGUCCACCCUAGCUGCUGUGAUUAACACAAUCAUUGUGCAAUGUACACGGACUUUGAUACAGCUUCCAUUUAUAUGUACUAUAUGUACAUAGUUAUGCAAUAUUGUGAUUAACGUAAUGUUAACAGACACUGUUUAUCGUAUUUCGUGCACAACUAACACAUUUAUUCCGACGAUACUUUUGCGAAAGUUAAGGGGAGGGCUCUAUGAUAUAUGUGAUUUUUAAAGAACGCACCAGUGUAUUUAUAUGAUGGAUUUUUUAAAGUUUUCACAAAGAACAGAAUACGUUGAGCAAUAUAUAAAUCAAAUCGCCGUGCAUUGUGUUCUGAUUCAUCAGAAUUGUGAUGCCAAAACUUUUAUACAUGUUAUAUAUUAAUCAAAUUAGUUAAAGAGACAUUCCUAGAUGCCUUUAACAAUUUACACUAUUUGUAUCAAUGUAUUAUCUAAGAAGAUGAUGUAUAAAAGGCAAACAUUACAAGGCGCUAAUGUACUUUACAAUAUACAAUCAGCACGUUACCUGCACGUAUUUGAUAAAAUAACAAACGGAUGCGCCUAUUUUUGAAGUCAUAUAGGUUCCAUGGAAGGUUUACUUUCUUCCAAACAGACUUGAUGUGAAAAUAGGUGUUUAUUAUUUGCCAUCCUGAAGAUUCGUACCAGGAAGUCCUGCAAGCUAAUAUCGUGUAGAUUCUAACAAGGAAGCACUUCAAGCUCGAACAAGGAAUGGCUUCAACCUGGCGAAACAAAUAAGCAGAUAUAAACUGUAUGAUGAUUAGUCAAUAGGAUCGUACUCUUGGAAUACACGUCUACUUUUAGGUAAUUCAAAACUAAAGGAGUACGGGGAAACUCUACAGCGUGCCUAAAAUCUCAAGGGACCAAAACGUACUUAUUUGGGGUUUUCAGAUACACGUCAUCUUUGGACACUGUCGACCUUUUGAUGAAAUAGUAUUCAUGUACAUAAAAUAAUAUUCUGAUUUUACUAACCGGUGGUUUAUGUCUUUAGGUACUGUUUUAUACUCUAUUACGGUAUAUGUA